GAUCUUGGCCUCGUGUCGCAGAGCUUCGGGCAGGGGGCCGAAAGGCGCAUCAGCCUCUUCCGCGUGGCGCCGGGUGACGACGGCUUGGCGGCCGUUGAAGGCGCAGCGGAGGACGCCGCCCCCGAGGAAGAGGGCGCGCCCAGGGUGGACGUUCUCGCCGCGGCGGCGGGCGCGGACUCCGCGUGCUCCGGCGUGGUGCUCUGCGAGGAGAGCCGCGAGGCGCUGCUCGAGGCCGUGCGUCACCUGGUGCCGCCAGGCUGGUGCACCUCCGAGGCCUUCCGGGUCUGCGUCUGCCGAGGGCUGCUGCGCGACCCGCGCCCGCGCGCCGGCAG